AUGUCAGAUCCAUUGGCAACCGUGAAUGCUGUUGAUAAAAUCGAAUGCGGAAAAGAUGCUGCGAAGCAUUUCUCGUUUCCAGAGGGAUAUCGGAAUCUGAAUCAUGGCUCCUUCGGCACCUUCCCCAAAGAACUCACCUCCACCCUCCGUCACUACCAAGACGAAUGCGAAGCGCGCCCAGACUGGUUCAUCCGCUACAAAUACCCCCGUAGCAACGACUCCUCCCGCGCAGCCAUCGCCAAACUGAUCAACGCCCCCGUCGAAACCUGCGUCUUCGUCCCCAACGCCACGACAGGCGUCAACACGAUCCUGAGGAAUCUCGUCUAUCAACCUGGCGAUGUGAUAAUCUACUUUGCAACAAUCUACGGCUCAUGCCACAAGACGAUCCAAUACCUCACCGAAACAACCCCCCUCGAAGCAGUCCAGGUCGAAUACACCUACCCUUGCUCCGACGCGACCCUCCUCUCCGCCUUCCAAAACACGAUCCACAAAAUCCAAACCGCCGGAAAACGCCCCCUCGCCGCCCUCUUCGACACCAUCGUCUCCCUCCCGGGCGUCCGCGUCCCCUUCGAAGCCCUCACGACCCUCUGUCGCAAACACAGCAUCUUUAGCAUCCUCGACGCCGCGCAUUGCAUCGGCCAGAUCCCGAUAGACCUCAGCACUCUAGAUCCGGAUUUCUUCGUCUCGAACUGCCAUAAAUGGCUGCACGUCCCGCGGGGUUGCGCGGUGUUGUAUGUUCCUGUUAGGAAUCAACACUUGAUGCGCUCGACACUACCGACGAGUCACGGCUUCGUGCCGCGGGAGGGGACCGCCCUCGUGAGCCCCCUCCCGCCGACGAGCAAGAGCGAAUUCGUGAAUAACUUCGAAUUCGUGGGCACGGUCGAUAAUAGCCCUUAUCUCUGCCUGCCCGCCGCGUUGGCGUGGCGGUCGAAAGUCGUGUAUGGAGACCUUCGCGGCGAGGAGGCGAUUAUGCGGUAUGGAGAGGAUCUCGCCCUAAGAGGGGGCGAUCUUGUCGCGGCAGCGUUGGGCACGGAGGUGAUGCAGAAUGCAGAGGGGACGUUGCGGGGGUGUCAUUUUGCGAAUGUGAGGUUGCCUGUUAGGGUUCAGAGCGAGGCUGCGGAGAUGGUCAAGAUCGCACAAUGGAUCAGCCAGACGCUAGUCGAUGAAUACGACACGUUCAUGGCGAUUCUGGUGCAUGGGAGCAAGUUGUGGGUGCGGCUGAGUGCGCAGGUAUAUUUGACGGAGGAGGAUUUCGUUUGGGCGGGACGGGCGUUGAGGGAGGUCUGUGAGAGGGUGGGGAAGGGGGAGUGGAGGGGAGAUGGGCAUGGUAAGGCGAAGUUGUGA